AUGCGGCAUCGAACUGUAGACUCCUCGCCUGGGCCACACAGGGCCCUGGUUGCUUCCGUCCAGUCCUCCGGGGCCAAACCGGAGGCCACUGAGGUCUCCCCGAACAAAGGGAUCCUGUCCGUGGUGGAUGAGUCUGCCCAGGAGAUCGCCACCUGCCACAGCCGCAACGGGAACCCGGCGCCCCAGAUCACGUGGUAUCGAAACGGGCAGCCGUUGGAGGUGCCCAUGGAGGUGAACUCAGCCGGCUACAUGACCAGCCGCACGGUCCGGGAGGCCUCGGGCCUGCAGUCCCUCACCAGCACCCUCUACCUGCGGCUCCAGAAGGCCGACCGCGACGCCAGCUUCCUCUGCUCAGUGCGGUACGACCUGCCGGCGGGCCAGCACGACCUCCUGGACAGCCCUCCCUUCCACCUCACCCUGCACUAUCCCACGGAACACGUGGAAUUCUGGAUGGACAGCCCCUCCGCCACCGGGGGCUGGGUUCGCGAGGGAGACUCUGUCCAGCUGCUCUGCCGGGGGGACGGCAGCCCCAACCCGGAAUACACAUUCUUCCGCCUUCAGGACAAGCAGGAGGACGUGCUGAAAACAAACCUGGAGGGGAACUUGACCCUGGAGGGGAUUCAGCGGGGCCAGAGCGGGACCUAUGGCUGCAGGGUGGAGGACUACGACGCCGCCGAGGACGCGGAGCUCUCCAAAACCAUGGAGCUGCGCGUGGCCUACCUGGACCCUCUCGAGCUCAGCACCAGGGAGGAACUUUCCUUACCCUUGGGUAACAGUACAGCUGUGAACUGCUCCGUCCAAGGUCUGCCCACGCCGGCCCUGCUCUGGACCAAGGACUCAGUGCCCCUGGGGAGCGGCCCCACGCUCUCGCUCAGCUCCCUCACCUUCGAUUCUGCGGGCACCUACGUUUGCGAGGCCUCCAUGCCCACCAUCCCCCGCCUCAGCCGCACCCAGAGCUUCAAGCUGCUGGUCCAAGGACCACCAGAAUUAAGGGCCGAAGAGACCCAGCCCAGGAGUGAGGGCAGCUGGAGGGAAGGAGAUGAAGUCAGGCUGGUGUGCUCUGCCCGUGGCUACCCGGAGCCCAAACUCAGCUGGAGCCAACUGGGGGGCAGUCCAGCAGAGCCGGCCCUCGGAAGGCAGGGUUGGGUGAGCAGCACCCUGACCCUGAAGGUGACCAGUGCCCUGAGCAGAGACGGCGUCUCUUGUGAGGCCUCCAACCCCCACGGGAACGCCCGGCACGUGUUCCACUUCGGCUCAGUGGCCCCCCAGACUGCCCAGGCCGGAGUGGCUGUCAUGGCCGUGGCCGUCAGCGUGGGCCUCCUGCUCCUGGUCGUUGCCGCCUUCUAUUGCAUGAGACGCAGGGGCCGCCCCGGUUGCUGCCGGCGGGGAGAGAAGGGGGCUCCGCCACCUGGGGAGCCAGAGCUGAGCCACUCAGGGUCUGAGCGGCCUGAGCAGAAGGGUCUUCUCACAGGAGGUGCCUCUGGAGGACCCAGGCGUGGCAGCGGGGGCUUCGGAGAUGAGUGCUGAGCCCAAGGGCCUCCGAGAGGCUGCACUGGACCGACAUCAGAGAAUCAGCGUCAGAGAACCAGGCCUGCUUGUGCCUCCGACUGCCCCCACCUUCCCACUUCGCAGGGGCCCUCCCUUCCCUUCCUUCCUCUGCAGGGGUGGGAGGGAGGGUGGGGAGGAGGGGACCUUCCUCCAGGGAAUGUGACUCUCAGGCCCCAGAAUAGCUCCUGGACCCAAGCCCAGGGCCUGGCCCGGGACAGGACAAGGCUCCAAGGCUCCAAGGCUCUGAGGGUCGGCUGGCUAGGGCGAUUUUUACCUCCUGCCCCCAUUGUUGGUCCCCCACCCCACCUACCACAUAGUCUGACACUGGAUCUGGGCCCCGCCCCCACCCCAACGCCAUCAUCUGUGGACACUGGAGUCUGGAAUAAAUGCUGUCUGUCACAUCACA